AUGCCGGAGCAGAGCAAGAAGCGGCGGCAGCGCAAGCGGACGGCGGCGGCCACGCUGCUUCUCGCAUACGCGGCGCUUGCCAUGGAGCGCGCCGACGCGGCUCUGCUCCCGUCGGUGUACAGGGAGAUCGGCGCUGCGCUACAGGCCUCGCCCACCGCGCUCGGCUCCAUCGCGCUCUCCCGCUCCGUCGUGCAGGCGGCGUGCUACCCGCUCGCCGCCUACCUGGCCGCGCGCCACGACCGGCUCACCGUGAUCGCCCUCGGCGCCUUCCUCUGGGCUGCGGCCACCUUGCUCAUCGGCCUCUCCACCACCUUCGCGCAGAUGGCGGUGACAGCGGCGCUGAACGGCGUCGGGCUGGCGCUGCAGAUCCCGGCGAUCUUCGCCUUCGUCGCGGACUCUAUCGACGGCUCGAACAGGGGCAUGGCCUUCGGGUGGCUCAUGGUGGCCAGCAAGGCCGGCACCGUGGGCGGCACCACCCUGGGCCUCCUCAUGGCGCCCACCUCGUUCUUCGGCGUUCCAGGUUGGCGGCUCGCCUUCCUCCUGCUCGCCGCCAUGGGGGCGGCGGUCGGCGUGUCCAUCCGCGCGUUCGCGGCCGCCGGCAGCAAGGCCCAGCCCAGGGCCGCCAAGACGGUGCGGCAGGAGCUGCAGGAGUUCGUGAGGGAGGCGAAGGCCGUGCUACGAAUCCCGUCGUUCCAGGUCAUCGUGGCGCAGGGGCUCACGGGCUCGUUCCCCUGGUCGGCGCUGUCCUUCACGGCCAUGUGGCUGGAGCUCGUCGGGUUCUCCCACGGCGAGACGGCGGCGCUGAUCACCCUGUUCAAGGUCGCCACCUCGCUGGGCGGCCUCUUCGGCGGCAAGAUGGGGGACGUGCUCGCCGGGAGGCUCAAGAACUCGGGCCGCAUCAUCCUCUCGCAGAUCAGCUCCGGGUCUGCCAUCCCACUCUGCGCCGUCCUGCUGCUCGCGCUCCCGAGCAACCCGGCGAGCUUCGCCAAGCACGGCGCCGCGCUGUUCGUCAUGGGGUUCAUGGCCUCCUGGAACACCUCGGCCACCAACAGCCCGAUACUGGCGGAGAUCGUGCCGCCGCGGUCGAGGACGACCGUGUUCGCGCUGGACCGGACGUUCGAGGCCGUGCUCGCCUCGUUCGCUCCCCCGGUGGUCGGCCUCCUCGCCGAGCGCAUCUACGGCUACAAGCUGGUGCGCCGCCCUGAUGCGGGCGGCGCCGAGCACGCCGCCUCCGUCGAGACGGACCGGCACAACGCGACCUCGCUCGCCAGGGCCCUGUACACCGCGAUCGCCAUCCCCAUGGCGCUGUGCUGCCUCGUGUACUCGUUUCUGUAUUGCACCUACCCCAGAGACAGAGACCUGGCGCGGGCUGAGACGGCGCGAGAGGGAGGUGGAGCCCGUCCCGGCGGCGACGGGUCCGACUCCGACGAUGAAGGGGAGGACGAGAGGGAGCUGCUGCCGCAGUGAGCGGCGUUGACUGACCGCG